GGCCCACCCCCCUAGGGCCAAAUGCGCAAGCGCUCUUCUUCUGAAGUCGGGGUCCGCAUCUUGGUACGCAUGCCUGAGCGGCGGCCGGAGACUACGGAAUUUACCGCCGGAAACUCUGAAGCCCUUCCUACAGAGAGAGGGCACCGCUCCCUAGCUAGAGAGGCUCACUUCCGCCCCGUUAAGGGAUGGGGGCGGCCAUUUUGAGUGCUUACAGUCAAAAGGCUUUGGCGGGAUUUGUCCUGUGCUGGGCUCUUCUGUUGCUUCCCACCUACGAGGGUUUCAUCUCGAACCCUUCCCUGCGUGGAGGAGGGCCUGCUGACGGCCGAUUCCUUGCAGAAGAAACUCUUAAAUUCUGGAAAUAGCGACUCAGUAUCAUGGCCAGCUGCCUUAAUGAAGAUCCAGAAGGAAGUCGAAUCACUUACGUGAAAGGAGAUCUUUUCGCAUGCCCCAAAACAGACUCUCUAGCCCAGUGUGUCAGUGAGGAUUGUCGAAUGGGUGCUGGAAUAGCUGUUCUCUUCAAGAAGAGAUUUGGAGGGGUGCAGGAACUGUUAAGUCAACAAAAGAAGUCUGGAGAAGUGGCUGUUCUGAAGAGAGAUGGGCGAUAUAUAUAUUACUUGAUCACAAAGAAACGGGCUUCACACAAGCCAACAUAUGAGAACCUACAGAAGAGUUUAGAAGCCAUGAAGUCCCAUUGUUUGAAGAACGGUGUCACGGACCUCUCCAUGCCCAGGAUUGGAUGUGGUCUAGAUCGUCUGCAGUGGGAAAAUGUAUCUGCGAUUCUCGAAGAGGUGUUUGAGUCCACAGACAUCAAAAUUACUGUGUACACACUCUGAACACAUGAAGAUCUUGGAUGAGCCCAUGGUCUUUUGUGUCAUCUGUUAAGCUGUAGGACUAAGCAGCUGUAGGACCUUGUAUGGGUAGAGAACAAUCUGUGUGAGGGAGUCUGUGUCCCAGGCUAGAGGUGGGUCUCUGUACUCCAAGAGGAUAGGUAGGGCACUGCCCCUAAGUACUAGCCAGGAAAACAGGUAGGUAAGCUGUUUUAGGGCCUGCUUUGCUUAGCCACUACUGGAUUUGUUUGACUGGCCACUGGGUGGCAGCAUUGGUUCUAAUUCUCUUUUGAAGAGAAAUUGUGGGAAGGGUAAACUUUUGAGAUUCUUUGACAUCUUUUGUGUUUGUGCACUUGGUUGUUAGUCUGUCAUCAAAAAUCAUCAUAGGAAAGGAUUAUGGUUGUUUUUAGUUACAACGUCACAAUGUAUCAAGACUGGGACAAUAAACUUUUCUUUUGGGUUCACUGAA